AAUGUUCCAACCAAAGUAACAAAUCUAACAACGAAUGCUGUAUCUAUCAAAAUUAGAAUUUUUCCUGCAAAGAGAUUUAAAAAAGAUAAAAGCAUUAAAAAAAAAGAUAAUUAUGUAUUGGAGUUGGAAACUUCUGAUACUAUAACAAAACUUGUACGAGAAUUCUUCAGGGCAUGUUUGGCAAUUGGAAACACGGGUGAACUCAUGAAUUAUUUGACCGACGAACUUGUAAUCGCGUUAUCUACGUGGGAACGCGUUUCCCUCAUACUUUCAAUACUUGGAGGACUUAUCACUGACUCUCCUACCACCUUUGGAAUGCUAUUAUCGCUCGGGGGAGACAUCACACAAUCAGAAUCAACCCUUCAACCUGUUAUACAGAUCACGAUACCGCAAAUUUUCAAGUAUCUUAAUGAUAGUAUCUCUUCCUCGGAAGAGGCAAGACUCAUCGCCAACUCCUCGCCAGA